CGCGCGCGCGCCGCCAGCAGUAGCGGUCCUUGAGUGGCAGGGGGAGGGGGGGGCGCCCUCCGAGCCGGGCGGAGGGGAGGGGGGAAAAGAGGAGCGCAGGGUGAGAGUGAGCCGGAGGCUUCGGGAGGCGAGGGGGCGGGGGGAGCAGCGCGGAGGCCGCCGCCUCCCCCUCCGCCGCCUGGGAGUAGGGGGUGGGGGACGGACAAGCCCCGAUGCCGGGGGAGACGGAAGAGCCGAGACCCCCGGAGCAGCAGGAUCAGGAAGGGGGAGAGGCGGCGGCGGGCAAGGAGGCUCCGGAGGAGCCCCAACAACGGCCCCCUGAGGCGGCCGCGGCGGCGCCUGCAGGGACCACUAGCAGCCGUGUGCUGAGGGGAGGUCGGGACCGAGGCCGGGCCGCUGCGGCCGCCGCCGCCGCCGCUGCCGCUGUGUCCCGCCGGAGGAAGGCCGAGUAUCCCCGCCGGCGGAGGAGCAGCCCCAGCGCCAGGCCUCCCGACGUCCCCGGGCAGCAGCCUCAGGCCGCGAAGUCCCCGUCUCCAGUUCAGGGCAAGAAGAGUCCGCGACUUCUAUGUAUAGAAAAAGUAACAACUGAUAAAGAGUCUUGCCUGUUGCGCAGGCUGGAGUGCAGUGGCGCAAUCUUGGCUCACUGCAACCUCUGCCUCCCGGGUUCAAGCGAUUCUCCUUCCUCAGCCUCUCCAGUAGCUGGGAUUACAGAUCCCAAGGAAGAAAAAGAGGAAGAAGAAGAUUCUGCCCUCCCUCAGGAAGUUUCCAUUGCUGCAUCUAGACCUAGCCGGGGCUGGCGUAGUAGUAGGACAUCUGUUUCUCGCCAUCGUGAUACAGACAACACUCGAAGCUCUCGGUCCAAGACCGGUUCAUUGCAGCUCAUCUGCAAGUCAGAACCAAAUACAGACCAACUUGAUUAUGAUGUUGGAGAAGAGCAUCAGUCUCCAGGUGGCAUUAGUAGCGAAGAGGAAGAGGAGGAGGAGGAAGAGAUGUUAAUCAGUGAAGAGGAGAUACCAUUCAAAGAUGAUCCAAGAGAUGAGACCUACAAACCCCACUUAGAAAGGGAAACCCCAAAGCCACGGAGAAAAUCAGGGAAGGUGAAAGAAGAGAAAGAGAAGAAGGAAAUUAAAGUGGAAGUAGAGGUGGAGGUGAAAGAAGAGGAGAAUGAAAUUAGAGAGGAUGAGGAACCUCCGAGGAAGAGAGGAAGAAGACGAAAAGAUGACAAAAGUCCACGUUUACCCAAAAGAAGAAAAAAGCCUCCAAUCCAAUAUGUCCGUUGUGAGAUGGAAGGAUGUGGAACUGUCCUUGCUCACCCUCGCUAUUUGCAGCACCACAUUAAAUACCAGCAUUUGCUGAAGAAGAAAUACGUAUGUCCCCAUCCUUCCUGUGGACGGCUCUUCAGGCUCCAGAAGCAACUUCUGCGACAUGCCAAACAUCAUACAGAUCAAAGGGAUUAUAUCUGUGAAUACUGUGCUCGGGCCUUCAAGAGUUCCCACAAUCUCGCAGUGCACCGGAUGAUUCACACUGGCGAGAAGCCAUUACAAUGUGAGAUCUGUGGAUUUACUUGUCGACAAAAGGCAUCUCUUAAUUGGCACAUGAAGAAGCAUGAUGCAGACUCCUUCUACCAGUUUUCUUGCAAUAUCUGUGGCAAAAAAUUUGAGAAGAAGGACAGCGUAGUGGCACACAAAGCAAAAAGCCACCCUGAGGUGCUGAUUGCAGAAGCUCUGGCUGCCAAUGCAGGCGCCCUUAUCACCAGCACAGAUAUCUUGGGCACUAACCCAGAGUCCCUGACGCAGGCUUCAGAUGGUCAGGGUCUUCCUCUUCUUCCUGAGCCCUUGGGAAACUCAACCUCUGGAGAGUGCCUACUGCUAGAAGCUGAAGGGAUGUCAAAAUCAUACUGCAGUGGGACAGAACGGGUGAGCCUGAUGGCUGAUGGGAAGAUCUUUGUGGGAAGCGGCAGCAGUGGGGGCACUGAAGGGCUGGUCAUGAACUCAGACAUACUCGGUGCUACCACAGAGGUUCUGAUUGAAGAUUCAGACUCUACCGGACCUUAGUGGAAAGGAAGACUUUGGGCAUGGAACAGCUCAGACUUUGUAUUUAAAAGUUAAAAAGGACAAAAAAAAUCUAAAGCAUUUAAAAUCUAGUAAAAUAACCGAAGGGCCUGCUCUUUCCAUUGUGGAUCACAGCACACACAUACAUACACCCUCCAACCCCCAUUCCCCAUUCUCCCUCUAUUGCCCCCCUUAUAAAAUUGAUGUUGUCUUUACCAGAAAGGUAGACAAAAAAGAAGCAGCAGCAGCUCUUAAAGUGAGGGUUAUUCUCAUACUCAGUUCCAGCCAUCAGCAGACUUCCUGCUUUUUGGCAGAUCCCCCUUCCAACCUGUAACUCUGAUGUGCUCUGGAUCAGCUUUUAAUAGUAUAUUACUGUCUUCUAAAUCCCUUCUUCUCUACUGCUGCCCUGUGGUUCUGGCUCCUUCCCAUUGCGGCACACAUUUUCAAAUACCAUAGAAUUCUAAUCUCCAGAGGCUGGCAGCUUGACUUGGCACUUUAGGGCCCCUUAGCAGGGUGAGCUGUUAAAACAGCACACAUCUCUCAUCCCCUCUUCCUUUUACCCCACUGGGUUUCAGAAAGGAAGGAUAUAUGGGGACCACCUCUCUCCUCUUUGAUCCCAGCAUCUCAGUCCCCCCUCCCAACCCUCCAUAUGGCUCUCAAUGGUGCUCACUUGCUGGAACCAGGCUCCCAGUAGGGAGGGGGCUGCCCUCUACACAGUCUCUUUGACUGUAAGACAGGGCUCUGUAUCAGUGAGACGAUGAGAAAAGUCCCAGGCUAAUGGCGGAAAUUUGCACUUUGAACAUGUGUGUUUUUGUGUUGUGGAACCUGAGAUUCCUUAUUUAUUAACAGAAAGUCUGAUUUUUUUUUUUUUUUUUUUGAGUCUUCGUUGCUAUAUUUUGUGGGGCUGGGAGAGAGAGAGAUUAGAUUAUUUUGACAUGGGAAUCCCUUCCAUAACAGGUACUUUGAAGGCAAGACAUAGGGUUGAAGAAGCACAGCCAGCCUCUGAAAUCAUAGCUCUCCAGUGGCCUUUAAAGAAAGCUGGUCCUCAGCACUAACAAAAUCACUACAAUAGCCUAGUGCUUUUUUGGAAGCCUUUUUAGAGAAGAAUGUUAGGUUGUGGUAACUAGUAUGCUCUGAGAUAUUUAGAGCAUUGAGACUUAGGAAUUUCUAGAGGACGAGGAGAGUUGUUCAGAAUCUAAAUUACAGAUAGAAGAUUCUUGUGAAUUUGUUUCUUUUGUUAUCCCUACCAUUUCUUUAUAUUUCCCUCGUUGGCCCAACUCUGGCUCCUUGCUUUUUGUUUUUUUGCUCUGCUUUAUCAUCAGUUCAUUCCAGCCCCUAUUAGUGAAGGACACUACUGUUAGUGAAGGAACAAAGCCUGUGAGUCCUAAAGUUUUAAAUCAGAGAAAACUGCUGUUUCCCUUUCAGUAACACUUCAGAAGAGGAAAAAUAUUAAUAGCCAAAGUUAAUACUUCUAUAUAAUAACUGCUUUGGCUUUCACCUAAAAUUCUGGGAAUCAUUAUUUCCUUGGGAUAGAGGUUUUCUUGGGGCAUGGAUUGUUUAUUGCUGUUCGCUGGAGAGAAAAUCUAAUGUUUUUGUACAAAGUCAUACCCCCAGAAGCCCAAAAUCCUAUUUUGGCUCAUUUUUAGGUAAAGGGCAGUUCCUAUCCUGUGUGCCUCAGAAGCUGGAAUUGAAGGCACCCUGUUCAUUGUUCGUUGUCAGAAAUGUAUGAUGGCUAUUGGAAAGAAUGAGGUUUUGCUGGGAGGUGGGGGGGAAAGAACAGCUUGUUUUUCACAAACGUGGUUUAUCAAUUUUUUUUAAAUACUUUUUUCCCAAAAAGAGGAUUAACAAAAUGUCAUUUCUGAAAGAGGCUUACUUUACACCCACUAGUGUCGGCAGUUGGGAUGCCAGGAAGUAGGGAGUGAGACACCUACAAUCAACAGUCUCAAAUGCACUAUUGUUUCUUUUCAGAGUGUUGCAGAUUUGCCAUUUCUCCAAUAUGGGGAUAGAAAACGGAAUAAAGAUAGAAGGGAUGUAGAAUAUGCUUACCUGCCAACAGUAAGGGUUUGGAGUUGACUUUGGUAUAUUGAGUAGAUUUGAAAAUACAAGAUGGAUUGGAUGAGUCUACAAAAAUGUCCUGAUCUCCAAUCCCUUUUAUACUGUUUGACUAGCUAGCAUUUAUAGUCCACUCUUAGCCUUUUUCUUUGCCGCACUUAUCCUUUGUCUCCUUAAGUUUCAUUUGCAGUGGUUAGUCAUCAGAUAUUUUAGCCACCUACACAAAAGCAAACUGCAUUUUUUAAGAUCUUUCUGAGAUGGGAGAAAAUGUAUUCUUUCCUAUACCAUUCUCCCCUCCCCACACAAAAAAACUAGUUCUACUAAUUAGAAACUUGCUGUUACUUUCCCUUUUCUUUUAGGGGACAAGGGCCCUCUUCAUAGCUGCCAUUUGCGUACAAUGAAUUAUUGCAGCCAUUUGCAAUACUAAACUAUUUUUUAUGGACUUUAUAUUUUUCCUCUUGAUAAAGGGAUGCUACAUAGUAAAGAGUUGGUGUCAUUAAACUAUCUCAGCCGUUUUCCUGCUUUCCUUUCUGCUCCAUAUGCCUCAUUGUCCUUCCAAGGAGCUCUUUUCAUCUUAAAGUUCUACAUUUCAUACUUUUACUCAAAUUUUGUUACCUUUUUAACUCUCCCCAUUGCAUAUUUCCAUCUUGAAUUGGCAGUUCUAAUAAAUUCUGAAACUGUAGUUGAGAUAAAAACUAUUUAAUAUUUUUGGGGAUGUCUACCCUCUUGUUUGUGGUUGCCCAGGGUUCUUUUGCAUAAUUGAGACUCCUUGAUAUGCUUCAGAGAGUUUCAGCAAACACUGGCCAUUGCCAUGGGAGUACUGGGAGUAAAAUAAAAAUAUUAAGGUAUAGAAAAGCAUCCACGUAGAGCACUUAAACCUCCUUUGUACCUGUUUGGGGAAAAAGUAUAGAGUAUACUAUCAGUCUAACUAAGGUUAUUAUAGUCUGGUUGUUUGAAAUACCAUUUUUUUCUCCUUUUGUGUUUUUCCCACUUUCCAAUGUACUCAAGAAAAUUGAACAAAUGUAAUGGAUCAAUUUAAAAUAUUUUAUUUCCUAAAAGCCUUUUUUGCCUGUUGUAAUGUGCAGGACCCUUCUCCUUUCAUGGGAGAGACAGGUAGUUACCUGAAUAUAGGUUGAAAAGGUUAUGUAAAAAGAAAUUAUAAUAAAAGGGAUACUUUGCUUUUCAAA